GCGAAGCAGUCGCUACAAUCACUCGCAACAUACUCUUUACCCAUAUUACUGUAAACACAAAUACCAUUCCAUUGAUAAUUGUUCGAUAUACAGGCAGAGCCCUUCCCAAAAGCCCUACUUACUCUGAACAUGGCCUACCCAGCUGGAUUGGAGUCCCCGGCCAGACGUUAUGAAGAUACCAAGGAUACCCCCCGCUUUUCGCCAUAUCCCAACAAAGAAAAUCCUGAAGGCACUUCUAUAUUGCGACUUGACACUGUGAAUCCCGAUGAGUUUGACUUUUCAGUCCCGUUUACACCGACGUUUGUAAUGUCAGCUACUGAGAGUUUUCCUAACUUCCCCUCCCUUCAGGAAACCAGCACCCCUCGAAGCAGAGCCGGGAGCGUCUACCCCGAUGCUGAAGAUAUUCUUAUUCCUGACCCGGUAGACUUUUCGCAUCUACAAGUGAGUCCCUCUCGGUCGCUCUACUCCGCUUACUCUACCUUGAGUGGUGACGAAGAAUUGGCCCAACUUAAGGGGAGCCUCAUGAGUGGGGCCAGCUCUCCAGGAUUCCUAAACAUUCCUUUUGAUCUUCUAGAAUCAGAGAAAGAUGGUGAAUGGGAGGCAAAAGAAGACACAGGUCCGUUAGACAGUGCAGAGAGAGAUAGUAGAUUGUGUGAUACAUAUUACGUCCCUUCCAGAACCCUGGAAACGAAAAUCACACGCAAUGAGCAAACCUCUUCGUUAAGAAGCCCAGGAAAGGAAACUGUGCCAUAUAACCGAGACUCCGCUCCUUCGGUAAGUCCAGAAGGAGGGCCCAGGGCGUACAAUGAUGUAUUUCCGUCUGGUGAGGCAAGCAGGCCCUUCGACACUAUUCAACCCAGUUUCUCAGACGUGCCAGAAGCAUCAUCCAGAGACUUGGGAAGCUCGCUCAACUCUCUGCUUCCAGAAGCCCCCUCCGACUCCUCAGUGCGCUCCCAUAAAUCAAGGAAUUCGUGGUUUGCGCCUCGCUCAAGGGAUGCAAGCAAAGGAAACCCCGAGAAGGCGUCCGACCUCACGGACAGUAUUAUGCCACGGCUUCAAUCCGAAUACUACCGCGAGCUUACUCUCAAAUGGGACGACAUGACUGAAAUUUCCCUCUUCGGGGGAUUGCUAGGGGACCUCUUCCAUGGCCAACACACACACGAUGUUCUCUUCAACUAUGUGCUCCACGCGACUCCAUGUACCGAUUUUCCACAAAGCUAUGCCUCUGGUCUUGAUAUAACUUUAUCCAAGGCCCAACUAUUUGACAUAAUUCGCCAGCAGGACUUCCUCGGACGAUACAAGAGAUUCACUGCCACCAUUGCGGAAAUGAAGGAGCAGAGCAAUGACAGCAGUCUCUUGCGGAAGUCUGAUACUGCCAACUUCCAUGCCUUGCGGGAAAAUGGAGACUUGACGCUUGGAACGCUGACAUACAAGUUCCCGCUUGCGUCGGUAUUGUACCUCAACUGGUUGCUUCAGUACGGUGAAACAAGCGCACUCAGCGAGAAGUAUACACGGUACGAAAUCUUGCCAAAGAUGUACUUUGUUGCCCGAUGCAGCUAUAUCAUUGACUACUUGUUUAAUCAAGGAUAUUUUUCUGAGGCAAUGACCACGAAGAACGGACAAGAACACCUCCUCUCAAGGUUUGUCGACAAGGACAACCAGAUCGCGCUCGCGUUGGCACUCGCGGCGAUUGCAAACUACUACCAGGACCGGCAAGCUUUUAACCACGCUUUACAUUACUAUGAGUGCGGGGCUAACGUGUGCUGCGAUCUCGACUGCUUACGAAUGACGAUCAUGGGCCUCUCCUCCGGCGUCGGCUACGGAAACGUCAAGGACAAAGACAGCAGCGCCAAUGUGCUCCACAUGGCACGCCGCAAACGGCUCAAGUUCGAGAACAAGCGACGGAUCGCGCAGUUGUAUCGGUUGAUGGAGAAGAAGAGCGGAGUGCAGGAGUUUGGCGGCUCGUGGGUCUGGAAGAAGAAGUAUGAUUAGGAACCGAACAUUGGUUUGGAAAUUGAAAUUGAUGUUAUUAAUAGUAGA